AUGGAAGGAGGAGGGAUGAGAAGCAAGGUUGAGGGCGUGAAGGCGGAGAUAGAAGGGAACAAGCCAGCGGAGGGAAUUUGGGAACUGGGGAUGAGUCCGCUAAGCCAGGCGUUGUGGAAGGAGAAGGUAGAGACGGAGUUCCUCGGCGACGUGUCGGCGAAGCUGUCGUGGAAGGAUCUGACCGUCACGGCGACGGUAGGCGUGGGGGAGGCGAAGACGCUGCUGUCGGGAGCCACCGGCUACGCCAAACCCAGGACUCUGACGGCGGUGAUGGGCCCUUCGGGGUCGGGGAAGUCAACCCUCCUUGACUCUCUCUCCGGCCGCCUCCCCUCCAACGCCUUCCUCUCCGGUACCAUCCUCCUCAAUGGCCGCAAGACCACGCUAUCCUUUGGGACUGCGGUAAGUUGUUAUCUCCUUCUCCUCCGUCGAUGACAUCUCACAAAGACAGACAGAUACAUAGAUCGAGAGAGAGAGAGAGAGAGAGAGAGAGAGAGUAUGGGAAGCAAGAAAGUUAUCUUUCUCGAUUAUUUUUCUAACUAGGAAUCAUCUCUGUCAAUCUCGACUAUGAUUAACCCCUCAUCUGAUACAGUCAUCAGGCAUUGAAUUUGGGACCAAAAUAUAUAACCUACUGUCAAAAUUUAUUGAACACCGACGAUUUCAUUGUUAAAACUUUUUUGGAGUUCAACUAUGAUUAUCUAAAGUCCAUCUUUUACAGGCUUACGUGACUCAGGAGGACAACCUGACCUCCACUCUGACAGUGAGGGAGACCAUAUCCUACACGGCAAACCUCCGGCUCCCGGAGAAAAUGCCGUGGUCGGAGAAGAAGCGCCUCGUGGAGGGAACCAUCGACGAGAUGGGCCUCCGGGACUGCACCGACACGCCGAUCGGCAACUGGCACCUGCGCGGGAUCAGCACCGGCGAGAAGAGGCGGGUCAGCAUCGCCGUCGAGAUCCUAACGCGCCCCCGUCUCCUCUUCCUCGACGAGCCGACCAGUGGUCUCGACAGGUAGGAGGAAGCUCCACCGAACGCCCUUUCACCUCCCUAGGGUUUCCUCCGAUUCCUCUUAGCCCGGCGGCCUUUUUCAGCGCCUCCGCCUUCUUCGUCGUCCAGACGCUGAGAAACCUCGCCAGAGAUGGAAGAACAGUGAUCGCCUCCGUCCACCAGCCCAGCAAUGAAGUCUUCGGCCUCUUCGACCACCUAUGCCUGCUCUCGGCAGGACGAAUCGUCUACUUCGGCCAGGCAUCGGAAGCGUACGAUGUAGGCCGACAACCUCCUCUUCACUUUCAUCUGAUUUCCAUGUAAAGAGAUCUAAGCCGAGAAUCUCCGAUCGUCAAGUUCUUCACCCACGCCGGGUUCCCGUGCCCACCGCUGAGGAACCCCUCGGACCAUUUCCUCCGGUGCAUCAACUCGGAUUUCGACAAGGUUGGAGCCACACUCAAGGUAGGAUCUCUCUUCCCGAAUCUCUAGCCCACGGAAUGAACGAUUUCAUCUCCUAACGGAGCUUUCCAUCUCUCUUCCUUCUUCUCUAGUCUGAGCGUGGGGUUGAUCCCCCGGAGGAAGUCACCGCCGCAGAGGCGACCCUGCGGCUGAUCCAUUUAUACAAGACUUCACCGUAUAGCCGUGCGACGAGAGAGGAGAUAGAAGAGAUGGCCAAAGUGGUACGUAGACUAGACACGAACGAAGACUGGCUGAUUGAGAUGUUCCCAGUACAGGUUCUCACCGGAGCUUCGUCUUGCAGGAGGGUCUGGUAUUGGAGUCGAUGGGAAGCCAGGCCAGCUUCCUGAUGCAGACUCGGACCCUGGUAAGGCGGUCCUUCACCAACAUGUGGAGGGAUUUCGGGUACUACAGGAUGCGGUUCAUCAUCUACGUGAUCGUCUCCAUCUGCAUUGGGACCAUCAACUGGAACCUGGGAACGAGUUACACCGCGAUCCAGGUACUCUCUCUUCUUCCCGCCUCGGCUUCUCCUUACUGAACCGUAACUCCGUGGAGCUGGCUGAAACAGUCGAGAGGAGCAUGCUCCGCUUUUGUCUUCGGCUUCGUCACAUUCAUGUCAGUCGGAGGAUUCCCCUCCUUCGUCGAGGAUAUGAAGGUGGGCUUCGCACCAGGGCUCUUCAAGUGAGAGUGAGAGAGAGAGAGAGAGAGAGAGCAUAUUAAUAAAUCUUCGAGAGUGCAGGUUUUCCACAGAGAGAGGCUCAAUGGGCACUACGGCGUGGCGGCAUACGCCAUCAGCAACACGCUCUCGGCGGUGCCCUUCCUGAUCCUCAUCUCUAUCACCGCCGGGACCAUCUGCUACACUAUGGUGCGGCUCCACCCGGGGUUCAGCCACUACAUCUUCUUCGUCCUGUGUCUCUACGCUAGCAUCACCGUCGUAGAGAGCUUGAUGAUGGUCGUGGCCACCUUCGUCCCCAACUUCCUAAUGGGCCUCAUGAUCGGCGCCGGAAUACAGGUGAGCCCUCAACACCACACCUCACAAAAACAGUAGGACGGCAGCUGUGUGACGAGUCAUUAAUGUUUCGUGGACCAGGGGAUCUUCAUGCUGGUUUCCGGGCACUACCGGUUCCCAAAAGAUCUCCCGAAGCCCGUCUGGAAGUACCCCUUGUCCUACAUGAGCUUCCAAUUCUGGGCCUUACAGGUAAGCGCUGACCCGCGGAGGCGGUAAAACAGUCAGUCUUCGUCGAUCAGUGGGUUUCAUUACAGUAUAUCCUCUCACCCCCGAGCAGGGCCAGUACAAGAACGACCUGAAAGGGCUCUCCUUCGACAACCAGUCGCCGGAGCUCCCCAGGAUCUCCGGAGAGUACGUGCUCGAGAAGUUCCUGCAGGUCAGCAUCCACCGGUCCAAAUGGAUCGAUCUGGGCGUCCUCUUCAGCAUGGUCGUCAUCUACCGGCUCCUGUUCUUUGCCAUGAUCAAGCUCGGAGAGGAAGUGGCCCCGCGCCUCAGGCGACGCGCCGCCAGGAAGAGGCUGCUCCGGCAGAAGAGGAAGGGCAGCGCCGCCGGCGACGUGGCCCUGGGCUCCCUCGACCGAUCUCCGUCCCUGAGGAUGUAA